ACGUGAAAAACAAAAUUCCCCAUCCUUAUAUCAUGCACCGCAACAAAGACAAUCAUACUGCCAAAGACUUGUUCGACCAGCAACAUAAGGAUCAACUUACAAAAGCACAAAAAUGGGUAAAGGAAACUUCCCAAUCAAGUUCAACAGUUGCAGUUCUCGUUGCUACUGUUGUUUUUGCCGCUGCCUAUACUGCACCAGGAGGUUUCCAUGCACAAAGCGGUCGGCCCGUUCUCCUUACAACAGAAAAGCCUCAGUACUUGUUUUUCACAAUCAUGGAUAUCGCUGGCCUCGCAAGCUCCUUGACUUCACUGGUGGUCUUCCUCUCUGUCCUCACAUCUUCCCUUGAGUUACAAGAGUUUAGUAAUAGGAUCCCUCGGAACAUCUCAAUCGGCUUCACCUCUCUCUUCUUCUCUGUGACGGCAACCAUGUUCACUUUCACUGCAACAAUUUUCCUUCUGGUUCGGUUGGAGAAAACGUGGACUGCAACUCUCACAUAUGCUGCCGCGUUCCUUCCUAUUUCCAUAUUUGCGCUGUUUCAAUUCCCUUUAUACUAUGAAUUCUUUGAGGCUGCUGUCAAAAGCAUUUUGGACUUUAUAAAGACUAUGUUACCGACAUGUAGGACCGGUUUUAUGCCAAACAAUAUAAAUUAGUAGCUCCCAUUUAUGGCUAGGCUGAAUAUUGGUGUAUUUUAAAGGAACUUAAA